AUGUUAAGAUCAUUUCAACGUUCAUUCUCAUCCUCCUUGGUCAAGAAAGAUUUUUCAAAGGCUUCCAUUUUGGGAAGAAUUGGCCAUGUUGAAUUUAGAGAGUCUGCCAAUGGUACCCCAUACGUUUCCUAUGGUGUUGUAGUCAACAGGAGACCAAGACCUAACAACAACAGUAAUAGUAAUAGUACUGGUAAUAGCAUUGAUGGUGCCGAGGGUUCUGCAGAAACAUCAGUUGCAGAUGGCGAAUGGUUCAAUAUCAAUAUAUUUGGAGAUGACAAGGUCCGUGCUGCAGAGAAAUACAUCAGAAAGGGUAACAUUGUCCAUGUUGAAGCUACUAUUAGAAACAAGAGGUUCGAUGGACAAAACAGAUUAUCAUUUGUCCAAAAAAGCUGCGAUGUGAUUCGAUGGGGCAGAAAACCAGAAGAUGGUGAGGGUCAUGAGGAAAUUCACGAGGAACAAAUUUGA